UCCUCUCAGUCAACACAAGGGAGGAGGACGACAUCAUUGACCGGCCUGCGUCUCCACUUGCACCUGCAAAAAAACAAACAAACCCCGGGGCGCGUUGUCUUCGCAGACACGUGACCGUUUACCUGUUCGUGAUGGGGAUGUCCACAUUCCAGAAGGUGACCCUCGCGACGUGUCUCGUGCUGUGCGUGGCGUUGCUGCUUCCCAAACUGCUGCUGUCUCGGGGGAGGAAGGAUGCCGCUGAACGGCCGGAGGGUUCAGGUCGUUUCCCUCCGAUGAUGCACCGACAGUCGGCCUCUGAGGUCCGAGGCCAGAGGGCCGGGAGUGCUGGCUACUCCAGAGCCAACAACCCAGAUACUGUAGCCAAGGCAAAGGGAGCGGGACUAGGGGUAGGAACUGGAGGUAAAUCCAACCUGGCAGGACAGAUCAUCCCUGUGUACGGCUUCGGGAUCUUACUCUACAUCCUGUACAUACUGUUCAAGAUCACAUCUAAGGGGAACAACAAGCCAACAGAGGGCAGGUUUUCUUCAGUGCGGUCAGAGAAUAAGAAGAGGAAGAUCACCGACUUCGAACUUACUCAGCUGCAGGAGAAACUGAGAGAGACAGAGUUGGUGAUGGAGAAUAUUGUUUCCAAUGCUCACCACAGUCCUGACAGGGUGAAGGGAGUGAUGGCAGAUCAGGAGCAAAGUCUCCUGCAGCAGCUGACCGAGAUAACCCGGGUGAUGCAGGAGGGCCAGCUGAUGGAGGGCAUGACUACAGGAGUCAAAGCCCAGGACGCCUGGGAAGAUUAUCCUGAGCAGCCUCAUCAGUACUGGGAACAUUCCAGCUGCUGUUGUCAGCACAGUCCACAGACGCAGACAGAGGCGGAGGUUUCCGAAGCUGCCGAAGCAAAAAGUGAUCUGCUGGAAAAGAUUCCUGCCGAGGACGUUACAGGCGGAAGUGACACUAAGGAAGCAGAGGAUCUGAGCACAGACGCUGUGAGACAAUCUGAUUUUACACCAGGAAGUGAUGAAGAUGUGGGGUUACAGAGUGAGUUAGGUAUAAAGGAGAGGGUGGACCUGCAUGAACACAAGGAAAGCAGUGGUGAAAUAGAUCUGGGCAUCCCAGAGGAGGAGCUGGUCGGUGUCCUAAAGGAGCUGGAGCUCACACUGAAUGUGACGUCCAUGAUAGAGCAGGAGAAGAUGGAGGACCUCACCAGACCCGUAGAGAUGGAAACUGCUCACAGCCAGGUCAGACAGAGGAGCAAGAGAAGGAGAGCAAAGAAAGCCACACACUGACUCUACUAUUCUAACGACUAUCUGUUCUUAUAAUUGGUGACAGCAUGAAAAUGAGUUGCCAGCUGUAAGAAAAACAUGCCCACACUUUAUAUCACUUAUAUCAGCCUUAUUGACUAAAACGCGAUGGGGUGGUUUAUGGACCUGAAACUUCCAUAUAUUCUCAGUGUUUCCUUGGAUAAAAUAAUGGCUUAAUAUUUAAAUAUCGAAUAUGACAAUACUGGACUGCACAAGAUAGAAACGUAUUAUUUCUCUUUUCGUUUAAACCCAACAUAUAGAGUACAUAGAGUAGUUGCAUCAAAGGUAUUUAUAUAAAGAAAUGAAAGCAGUUGAGGACAGCUGCAUAUGUUAUUUUGAUAACAGUAAUCCAGUCUACAGUGAACGUUUUGCUGAAUUCUUUCAUAAUAAUUGCAGUUAACAUAAGAAAACAGGACAGUGCAUGUGGAACAUUUAAGUGUUCCUUAUCUUCUAGAUACUGACAUUAUUACCAGAAUAAAGUUUUCUUUUUGAAAUGUUAAUCCUUUACUGCUUUAAAUUAAGUUUUUACACUUUUAUAUACCUAUUCACUGUUCAGAAGAGCACCUGUGCAGCUGCUGUGCAUCAGUGAUUAAACUAUUGUGAAUAAGA